AUGGAGAAAUCGUUCCUCGUCCGUGUGGAUCACUUGAAAAUCUCAAUCACGAUGUUGCACCCUUCAGCCGAUGCAUAUAUUCGGCCAAGGAAAGAGGUGGGGCUUUGCUUAUUCAAUGAUAAAAAUGAUAACUGGGUUGUCGUUCCUGCCCUUAGUUUGGGAAGCAUCAUCUUUGAAAGUGGUUGGCGUACGUUUCUUCGCGACAAUGGAAUAGAAGAGGGGGACACCAUCGUCUUUAGGCAUGUUGCUAGGGAUAUUUUUGAAGUUAUUUUUUUUAUAAGAAGGGAAGGCAUAAAAUCCGCUCCUGCAAAGAAAGAUGUACCACCCUAUCACGACCCAAUUGAUUUUAUGACU